CUAGCAAGCUGCGGCUAGAAGCAGGAGCCAUUCUGCGUGGUCCCAGAAGUCCUCACUGCUUGAGAGAGGCAGGAGUCUACGCUUCCCCUCCCGGAUACUACCACAGAAGUCCUCCCCCAUCCCUAGGCCACCACGGUUUCACUACUGCUGGGCCUCCGGGCUCUGACGCUCUGACGUGGGACAGCCUAGAAUGACAGUCCGACCCAGUGGCUCCAGAGGGGACCAAAAAUUGUCUGCAAUCAAGACCAACCCUAUAUAAAGAUUUUUAGCCAAGAGUUCUUUGCUGGAGGCCCAAAAGGAUUUUUUUUUUUUUUUUUUUGGGGGGCUGAGGUCAAAGCCCUUUGGGGGCUCUGCUGAGUCUAGGUAUUCGAGAACUCAUUCCAUCCGAGUGGGUGGCUGUCUGCCAGGAUGCUGCGGGGGAGGGGAAACAGCCUCCUGGGAGAAGGAGCUGUUACUGCUGGGCUGGUGGGCCGCCCUGCCUGCCUGCCCGCUGCCCCCCGCCUGCCUGCAGCCUCAGACUUCUUCUUCCUGUUCAGCGUCUGGGCCUGGAGCUGGGGUUUCUUCCUGCAGAGCUGCCUGGAAAGGAGGGGAGUUUGGACCUUUUAUCAUAUAGAUGCCAAAAUUCUCAGAAGCUUGGAAGAUUUUUCUCCUCCAGCUAGCCCUGAAAACAUCUCUGUAAUUUGUCCCACAUGCACACUUGAGACGCCUGGAAGGUGUCUGGUAUUUUCUCGUUCCAAAUGCUUUGUUAACAGACUUCACAAAACCACUGACCCAACACUACUUCUGGGAGGAAGGGACAUGAUUAAAAGCUCUUCACAGAGCUUCACCGAGAUCCUUCUUGCCUUUCCUGAUACCCACUUCUUGUGAAAAGCAGCCUGGAGAUGUUUGAACCUCUUGUCUGGGGACCAGCCUUUCUCUCUCACACCCUCAGCCCACAUGGUCAAGCUGAAGGGUUUCCACGGGGCUCUGGGAGCUCUCCUCUCCUGAAGUUUGCACCCAGUGGUCCAGCUGGCCUCACAGCACACUCUAGGUUUGUCAACAGAAUCCUUAAACUUCCUCUACACACAGCGUGCACCUCAAAAGCAAGAGGGAAGCCUGGGUUCCCACCACUCUGCAUAGGGCCGCAGGGGUGGGGAAACUCCAUAGGCCUUGCCUCUGACAGCCUCUGGCAGCUUCUAUGUGUGGGAAGCAACACAGCCAUGGCAAACCAGCCACAAAGACACACCAGGGACCGCAGGCCUUCUAUUCGGCAAAUUCUGAUUUCUCAUGAGGAAAGGCCACAGAGAGAGAGAGAGGACCAAAGAAGCAAAGGGGUAAACACUCAUAUCUUAAAUUGUCUCCUACCACAGCUAUUGUGUAUUUACAUCUAUAACAAAUUCAAAAUCAUGUUUAAAUUCCAUAAAAAUGCAUCUAGCUAUGUUAAAAAGAUGAACGAGAUAUACGGAUCACACAAGGGUCAGGUUUAUAAGGACUCUCCCCUUCAACAGAGGGGGAAGAAAAGGGCAAGUCAGCCUCAGUGGGUUGCUGUCUUUUGGGAAGGGAAAUGGGACAUGGGCGUCCCAUUCUCUGGCUGCCAUUUGCUUCCCCCUAGUCUGACAUUAACAGUGCUGGUUGGGCUCCAUGGACUCAGCAGCUUGUUUUUGAUGAGUGAGGGGCUCGGUGAGCCCAAAUCCUUCCUGAACACUGAGGCCUAUGCUCGAAUCUUGGAGAGAAUGUCACAAAGAGGAGAGAUGGGUCUGUGGUGUUCUACAGGCCCCAGGACAGAAGAACCUGCACUGUGCGCCAUGGGGAAGGUCCACGAAUUCAGAGGUCUCGCCUCUUAACCAUGGGGUCUCCUAUC